AUGUCUGAACCUUGGACAACGCCGAUCGCUGUCACUACGGGCUUUUCCUUUGUAGGGUUUCUGCUAGUCAGUGUUCCGCUGUAUUGGCAUUUGGAAGCAUGGAAUGUGGGAUGUGUUUUGUACAUCUUCUGGAGUGGCACCGGAUGUCUUAUUCAGUUCAUCAACAUGGUGGUCUGGCAAGACAAUGUCAUCAAUUGGGUACCCGUCUGGUGUGAUAUCACCUCUAGAUGGCGCUAUGCAGCAGCUAUUGGAAUCUGCACUGCGUCUCUGGUCAUUAACCGCCGGCUUUACAAGAUUGCGAGUGUCUCUGUCGUGUCGAUAAGCAAGGCAGAUAAGCGUCGCAUGAUGUAUGUCGAUUUAGCUAUCGGCCUGGUUCCGCCCAUUGUGGUGGUUGCCCUAUAUUGGUUCAUCGAGGGUCACCGCUUCAAUAUAUAUGAGGGAUUUGGUUGUAUGUUCGUGUUCCCGGCCACCAUCCUCUCAUACUUCUUGUACCAAUUGUGGCCAAUCGUUAUUGGUCUGAUCGCGGCCUAUUACUGUGUUAGAACGCUUAUUGCUUUUGUCAAACGAAGAAGGCAGUUCCGUGAACUCAUAAGUUCGAAUUCAAACUUGACAUACCACCGAUACCUCCGUCUGAUGGGGCUGGCCACCAUCGAGAUAUUGUGCACUGUCCCAAUGGGAAUCUGGGUUGUCGUAAACAAUGCUCGCAACACCCUCUAUGUGUGGCAUGGACUGGCCAACGUGCAUUACGACUUCUCCCGCGUAGACCAAUAUCCUUCAAUCAUAUGGUGGACCGACUCCCUCUUGCGACCCAGCAUUUUGACGAGCAUGUGGGACAUGAUCGUGUGUUCAUUGGUCUUCUUUGCAUUCUUUGGACUUGCCGAGGAGGCACGGAAACACUACCGUGCUACGUUCACAUAUAUCACCAAGCGCCUCGGAUUAUCAACACUGUCGCUUUCGAGCGCUGGGACAGAGGGACAGUCUGGAUACAACGCGUCUAAACUCCCCUCAUCUGCCCUCCCCCACAUCACCAUCCCUUCCUUUGUGCAGCCUGGUCAGCCAAGCAGCUCCGGAGACUCGUUCUCCGAUAGGUUAUCUUCUUCUAUCCCCUUCGAUGACGAGAUUCCUCGUUACGACGAGAAGACCCACUAUGCGAUGUCCCCGGAGUCCGACGGUGCUAGCACCUGCAUCCCGUCACCCAUGUCCCCGGAAGAUGUGGAAGCACAAUACGAGGCGAUGGUGCUUCCCGCUUUCCCGGAGCCGACCUAUGACGCUAUGCAACCCCCGCCCCACACGUCCUCGCCAGUGCACUCGGAUUCAUCGGACAUGAGGACCCUCUGA